AUCAACGGACUAAUAUUUUCUGUUCUUCAGAUAUUUUUAACUGACUGGUAAGUUUUACAGCUAAUUUCAAAUUGUAUGUCUUAUAUCUGUUCUGAUAAAUGUUUGACAAAUGGCAUCAACUUCAACAGACUUCUGUACGAAGUGCAAAUGUGUUAUUUGACAGAAUUACACAGAAUGUUGGAGCUCAAAUAUCAAAGUUCAACAGGACUCAGAUUAUCCUGCAACCAAACAUGGCAAGGAGCAGAAAUGUGAUCCCAUUGUGGGAGACAAAGGAUUUCGACAGCUCUUUAGUUUUAUCCAUCUGUAGUAAAGAAAACUUCCAGACACUCUUUUUAAACUUUGUUUAAAUUUAAAUACAACUUUACUAUAAACAAGUUUCAAGUCAGGAAAUUGAAAGGUUUUACGACAGUUAAGUCACACAACCGUCUCUUAAGGUUGUAUCACCCACAAAACUAUUUAAAGUUGUGUGUAAAACACAGAAAAGCUCUCGAAUAGUGUUAAUAUCUUACCUUAGAAAUCACAAAAAACUCCAUUCUUUUGUAAAUCUCAGGGUGGCACUCGUCUGGAAUCUCAUUCAUUGUGACGAUUGGCUAAAUUGAGAAGUCUGAAGUCAGUCACUGCGGUUGAAGAGCCAAUGGCAGUCAUGUUUUUGCGGUGACUCACCAGCACUGCACUGCCGUUGGCCGGUUUAGCUAAGGUUAGGGUGCUCUGCCCUAAAACUCCCUCCCCCCUUCCCCCCUCCCCCCGCGACUUGUGCUCUGGUCUGUGUGAGAGUUGCCGUGUGGCUGUAAAGCCCAGCUCCGACAUGACGGGACAUGUUCCUUCGCCGGCUUCCUCCAGCAUUGAAUGGGUUAAAAGAAGCACACGCAAGUAUUCAGAGCUUCUCAACAAGUUGUUUUGCCAGCUGGCAAAGACCAGCCCGGUUGAAGUGCUCGUGAGCAAGGAGCCUCCUUUGGGUGCUGUUCUCAGGGCCACGGCGGUUUAUAAGAAGACUGAACAUGUGGCAGAAGUCGUCCGCAGAUGUCCUCACCACCAGACGGAGGACGCCGCCGAGCACCGUAGCCAUCUGAUCCGAGUGGAGGGCAACCAGAGAGCUCAGUAUUUUGAGGAUCCGAACACAAAGAGGCAGAGCGUGACUCUCCCUUACGAGUCCCCACAGUUGGGCUCCGAUAUAACAACCGUCUUGCUGAGCUUUAUGUGCAACAGUUCCUGCAUGGGGGGCAUGAACCGCAGACCCAUCCUCACCAUCCUGACCCUCGAGACGCCAGAGGGACUUGUUUUGGGCCGGAGGUGCUUGGAGGUCCGUGUCUGUGCUUGUCCAGGCAGGGACCGCAAAACUGAGGAGGAGAAUAGCACCAAGAUGCACAGCGGCGUCAAGCAAACUAAGAAACGCAAGGGCGCCCCCCCCCCGGCUGUGACUACUGGCGCGACUACUGGCGCGACUACUGGCACCGCUUCUAUGAAGAAGUCCAAGUCGUCCUCCAGUGCAGAGGAGGAGGAGGAAAAGGAUGUUUAUCUUCUGUAUGUUAAAGGUCGCGAGCGUUAUGAGAUGUUGAAGAAAAUCAACGAUGGCCAGGAGUUGCUGGACAAAGACAGCGAGACCACGGUGUCAGUGAAACAAGAGUUUGCGGCGCCUUCCAGCGGAAAGAGGCUGGUGCAGCGAGGAGAGAGGAGUGACAGCGACUGAGGAGCUCGACGUCUCGGCCACGAGAACAAAUGUCCUUCCUUCCGUCUUCCACAUCAUCGGGUUUAUUUCAGGCUUUUACUUUAAAUCACCUCCUGUAUAAGUACACUGGAAAACUAGAUCAACAACCAUACUGCCUGAUUGUUUACUGUACUUUAAGUAGUGUACAGUGUCUCGCUGUUUUUUGAUGUUUUCAAAUGAAUAAACGUUGCCUAGUUCACACAGGAGAGCAGUUCACACUGUAAGCAGGUCUGCCGCCUCCUCAAUGCCCUCGCUGUAUUUAAAGGUCCUGGGAAGCGGCUGCAUGAAACAGGAAGUCGGGGUGGCACUUUGAAUUAGGAGCGACUAUAUUUCGUCAGUGUUGAUCUUAGCUGGGAUUUUCAUUUUCGUUUUAAAUUAGUCCCUUUUUUUUUACGUCCUUCAUAAUGCAUUAUUUUGAGUGAAAAUGAAGAGAUUGGUGAUCUUGGUUUUUCAUUGACAUUUGUUUUUAUAAUUUUCUAAGUGGUAAUUAUGAUCUCCAGAAGCAGCUUGUUAAAAUAAAUGGAUAUGUGUUUGCAAAGGAACAUAAUAUUGAUACGAGUCACUGCCAUUUGUUUAAAGUCACGCUACCUCCAUUUAUUUUUCCAUGUUACUUUCCAAGUGUCAAACAUUUACAACCUGCCGAACUCUCCCGUAGGCGGCUAUCGGACCAAAUCAGCAGAUGUCCAACGUAAAACACAUGAAAGUUAGAACAAGGAAACUCUUUUUACUUAAGUAAAAUAAACUGCUGUGGUGCUGGAUCACCCCAACAGCUCAUCAGCCUUUAGUCUCUAACUUUUAUACCAGCAGACACACUGAAAAGAGGGAUUUCUACAGAGCAACUUGAACAAUACAUUUGCAGCAUAAUAUAACACGAGAAACUGCUUUAAAGGAGUUAUACAGUGCUUUUUUAUUUUGUAUUUUUACUUUCAGCACUUGCGUUUGAUGUGACCAAUCGCUGUCGGUCAAUUAACCACUUUCUUUAUUACACUGCCAAAAAGAAGUAUGGUUAUGGGUGUUACUCAGUUGUAUUUCUGUUUCCUAAUUGAUUACUUUGGGAACUGUUAGUUUUGUAUAAGAGGUUUAUCUUUCUAUAUUUCUCAUGGCUGCUUUUUUCAUGGCCUUUUUUGUACUAAUUUUCAUUUUGUUACUUCAAGCAAAAAUAAAUGCCAAAUAUCAAA